CCGCCAAAACGCUCCAAGCGCUCGCGCCGCCGCUUCAGCCCGGAUCCUGGGACCCGCCCGGCUGCGUGGCCUGGGUGCUCCAGGGAAAGCCGUCCGGGUCCUUCGCUACCGCUACUGCCGGGGCUGAGCCAAGGUUCCGGGCGGCCCCCGAGUUCAGUCCCACCUUCCUCAGGCUGCCUGCGGCCUCCCUGUGCCUUCCCGCCGCCCUGAGGAUGGACCCCGGACACCCCCCCGCUGGUGCAGACCCCGCUGGUGACCCUGCUCCUGGCCAGGACAUGCUGGGGUUCCUGCCGACCCUGCAGGCGCUGUGGUCCACGCGGCAGCCGCAGCAGUUCAAGGAGGAGGCCUGGCGGGGCUUCGCUGCCCUGGACGACCCGCGCGCUGCCCUCCUGGACCUGUUGGAGGGCCGCAGGGCCUGGCGGCGGAAGGGCUCCUCCCUGGAGGCCUGGCUCACGAGGGAGCUGGAGCGGUGGCUGCAGGCACAUCCUCCCCCGGGGCCCGCCCAGGGCAGCCCGGGGCUGGGGCCACUGCAGGCCCGUGCGGCCACGCUCCUGGCUGAGAGCCCCCUGAGUCUCGUGGAGCCACUGGUCAGCAUCUUCCAGCUGCAGGAUGCAGACCGGGGGUCCCUGCUGGCCCACGUCCACCAGCUGCACCAGGAGGGCAAGUUCAAGGAGGCUGUCAUGCUGGGCACGAAGCUGCGUCUGCAGCCAGAACUGGACGUUGAAAUGAUGAGCGCCCCGCUGCUGCUCCAGGACCAGCUGGGCCUCGUGGAGCGCUAUGUGGAUGGCUUCCCGGGCCUGCAGUGGAGGCUCCUGACCCUCAUGGACUCCUGGUGCCGGCCUGGCUUCGACAUCAGCGUCGUUGCCAGGCGGUACCCGCAGGCGACCCCCCUGACGCUGGAGAAGCUGCGGCCCCGGGCGCUGACUCGGCAGGUGCUGCGCCUGCAGAAGCGCUUCGGCCUGGACCCAGCGUCGUGUCCCCACGCUGUGGGCCAGCAGCGCCUGGCUGCCCUGCGCUACCUGUGCUACAAGCGGUUUGUGGAGGGCAGCCUGUCUCAGGAGGACUGGGCCGACUUCGUGCGGGGCCUGGUGGGGUCCAGCGAGUGGCUGCAGGGCCGGCUGCUGCGGCUGCUGACCUCUCGCAACGAUGCGGCCACGGUGGCCCGGUGCGCGCUGGACCUGUCGCUGCCCGAGGAGUGGCUGCCGGCCACAGUGGCCACGGAGCUCUGCCGGCUCAGGCUCCAGGGCAGGACGGCCAAGGCGCCCCUCGAGGACACGGCGGGCCGUCACUACCAGCUGCCCAUCGCCAGGGAGGACGUCCGCGUCCUGGCCUCAUGGGAGGAGCUGGCCAGGCACGAGGCCGAGCUCCUGCAGCCCGGCCAGGUGGUCGGCCUUGACCUGGAGUGGAGGCCUUCGUUCGGCGCCUGGGACCGACCCCCAGCGUCACUCAUGCAGGUGGCCGUGGAGGGCCGCGUGUUCCUGCUGGACCUGCUCACGCUCACGCAGCCGGUGGACGGGCAGGCGACCCGGGCCCUCUCCGGGCUGGUGUCCCGGCUGCUCUCAGACCCGUCCAUCACCAAGCUGGGCUAUGGGAUGGCAGGCGACCUGAAGAGGCUGGCGGCCUCCUGCCCUGCCUUGGCCCUCGCGCCUGAGCAGCUGCAGGGGGGCCUGGACCUGCUGCCGGUGCACGGGCAGAUUCGGGAGGCCGAUGUGCCUGCCCCGGGCGUGGACCAGGCUCAGGGGCCGCGGGGCCUCAGCCUCCUGGUGCAGCAGGUGCUGGGCAAGCCCCUGGACAAGUCGCAGCAGCUCUCCAACUGGAACCGGCGGCCCCUGGCCGAGGGGCAGCUGCUGUACGCUGCUGCCGAUGCCUACUGCCUGCUGGAGGUGUACUGGGCGCUGUGCCGGGAGCCCACCCGCUGCCACCUGGUGGGGGACCUGGCCAGGAGCCCGAGGCCUGGACACUGCGAGAGGCCGGGGGCUCCGGAGCCGCCCGCCCCACCCCAGCAGGUGCCGGCGGCUGCGGUCGAGGGCGCAGUCCCGGAGAUCCCGGCCCGGGCCUUCCGCGUGGUGUGUGACAACAUGCUGCAGGGGCUGGCGCGCAGCCUGCGCCUCCUGGGCGCCGACGUGCUGGCGCUGGGCAACAGCGAGGACCACCGCCGGGCGGCCGAGGUGGCCAGGCAGGAGGGCAGGAUCAUCCUGACGUCGGGGCUGCCGUACCACACGCUCCGGUCCCAGGUCGGGGCUGGGCGCUGCCUCUGGGUGGACUGCAGCCUCAAGGCCCCGCAGCAGGCCAAGGCCGUGCUCAGACACUUCAACGUGCGCGUCACCCACGCAGACGUCUUCAGCCGCUGCCAGGCCUGUAACUGUGACCAGUACCUGAAGGUCUCCAGGGACCUGAUGACACAGCUCGUGGGGCUCAGUGGCCAGGGAGACCCCAGCAGCGCCGGUGACAAGGCCCAGAGCGAGGACACACAGGAGCCAGGCUCCGCCCCCGGGGAGACGCCGGGCCUCACAUAUGACCCCCCCUGCCGCUGGCUGGAGGCGGCGGAGCUGCGGGCCCGCGACCCGGCCACGCUGGGCAACGGCACGCGGCUGCAGCUGGCGGGGGUCCCGGCGGGCGUGCUGCGGCGGCCAGGCCUGCGCCACUUCUUCUGCUGCUCCGGCUGUGGCAAGGUCUUCUGGGAGGGCUCCCACCUGGGCCGCGUGGCCUCGCAGUUCCACGACGUCCUGGCCGGCCCCCCCGGCUCCCAGGAGCCCGGCCCGGCCCCAAGCCCCUCCUGAGGCGCCCAGGCCCACGGGCCUGCCUGUGACAAUAAAAGCGGAAAAGGCC